CACACCCAAAAUUCAAUCAAAUGCUACAAUUUGCGGCAGCAUUUUUUAAGCAAGAACCCUCACCUCACCUUCCUUUUGAAUUUUAACCAACAAAUUCAUAUUAUAAAUACCAUCAUUAGUCAUUCAAUUCAUUUCACCAAACACCAAAUUUCCAAUUCCAGCAGCGAGCAGUGCAGUCCAGCCUACUCUGCCUGCUCUCUCUCUCUCUCUCUACCUCUCUUUCUCUCUCAAGCUUGAUCGGAAUGGAGGCCCGCCGCCGUGAGAAUAAGCUUAAGCUCGCCGAUGAGUCGGUGAAGGCCUCCGACGCCCUCCCGCUGCCGCUCUACCUCACCAACGCCUUCUUCUUCACUCUCUUCUUCUCGGUGGUUUACUUCCUGCUCCUCCGGUGGCGCGAGAAGAUCCGCAACUCCACCCCUCUCCACGUCGUUACUGUCUCCGACAUCGCCGCCGUCCUCACAUUCGUCGCCUCCUUCAUCUACCUUCUCGGCUUCUUCGGCAUCGGCUUCGUCCAGUCCAUCAUCAUCCCCCGCGCUCCCCUCGAGGACGUCACCGACGAUGAGGACGAAAUCAGCGAUUUUGACCGUUUGAUGGUGAAGGAGGAUUCACCUAAAAUCCCCUGCGCCGCCGCCGCCCCCAAAUCCGAUUAUCUCAAAAUUGAGAAGAUUGAGGUUACCGACGAGCAAGACGAGGAAAUUGUGAAGUCGGUGGUGGAGGGGAAGAUCCCCUCCUACGCCCUAGAAUCGAAAUUGGGCGAUUGCCGCCGCGCCGCGGCCAUCCGCCGUGAGGCUUUGCAGCGGAUAACCGGAAAGUCUCUGGAGGGGCUUCCUUUGAACGGAUUCGAUUACGAGUCGAUCCUCGGACAGUGCUGCGAGAUGCCGGUGGGAUACGUGCAGAUUCCGGUCGGCAUUGCCGGCCCGCUGUUGCUGGAUGAGCACGAGUACUCGGUGCCCAUGGCGACGACGGAGGGGUGCUUGGUCGCGAGCACAAACAGAGGAUGCAAGGCUAUCUACGCCUCCGGCGGCGCCACCAGCUCCCUCUACAGGGACGCCAUGACCAGAGCUCCCGUCGUCCGCUUCCCCUCCGCCAAGAGAGCCGCAGAGCUGAAGCUCUUCCUCGAAGAUCCUCUCAACUUCGAGACCCUCUCGAUGGUGUUCAACAGCUCCAGCAGAUUCGGGCGGCUACAGAGCAUCAAAUGCGCCAUCGCGGGGAAGAAUCUGUACAUCCGAUUCUCGUGCAGCACGGGGGACGCCAUGGGGAUGAACAUGGUGUCCAAGGGCGUGCAGAACACCUUGGACUUCCUCAACAACCAGUUCCCCGACAUGGACGUCAUGGGCAUCUCCGGAAACUACUGCUCCGACAAGAAGCCCGCCGCGGUGAACUGGAUCGAAGGGCGGGGCAAAUCCGUUGUGUGUGAAGCCGUCAUCACUGGAGACGUAGUGAAGAAGGUGCUCAAGACCGACGUCGCCUCCUUAGUGGAGCUCAACAUGCUGAAGAAUCUCACCGGCUCCGCCAUGGCCGGAGCUCUCGGGGGCUUCAACGCGCAUGCUAGCAACAUCGUCUCGGCGAUCUACAUAGCGACGGGGCAGGAUCCGGCGCAGAAUAUCGAGAGCUCGCACUGCAUCACGAUGAUGGAAGCGGUGAACGACGGGAAGGACCUUCAUGUCUCAGUAACGAUGCCUUGCAUUGAGGUUGGGACAGUCGGAGGCGGGACUCAGCUGGCGUCGCAGUCGGCGUGCCUGAAUCUGCUGGGGGUGAAGGGAGCCAAUAAGGAGGCUCCCGGAUCCAACGCCCGCCUCUUAGCCACCAUUGUCGCCGGUGCGGUUCUUGCCGGAGAGCUGUCUCUGAUGUCGGCCAUUGCUGCGGGCCAACUGGUGAAGAGCCAUAUGAAAUACAAUAGGUCUAAUAAGGAUGUUGCGAGCAUGAAGUCUUGAGCAAUGAGAUUCUUCUUGUUUCCAAAUAAUAACGGUGCUAGCCAUGUAAAUGGAGGGGAGGGAUAUAGCUUAAAACUUUUUAUUUAAUUGUUUCUAUUCGGUUAUAUUCUUUAGUAGACUUUUGUAUUCUGGAUUUCUCCUUAGUUUAUGAGGAAGGCAAGUAUUUCAAUGAACUCUGGGGCUUCUCCUAUAAAA